AUGAGCUACGGAAACGGUGCAGCUGAAGGAAACAACCAAUUCAAUUUCAACCUGCUUGCCGGCCUCGAAUGUGAUCCCACUGCUAUUCCUCUGGCCGCACGCCAGAAUGAAGAUGGUGGCAGCGAACAAGACUGCUUGACACCACAUACCGCCAGCAACACUGCCUUUGAGCUUCAACCGUCUACCACUGUGGGCUCGCCAACUCAAACACAACUUCAUCCAGAUAUUGCAUUGGACUUGCAACAACCCGGGUCGCGCUUAUAUUUUGCUAAGCAAUUGACAGAUGGCGUUACUCAAGUAUUUCCCAAUAACUUGAGCCACAUUCCUUAUCGACACCAAGACGCCUUCAUCCCUCAGGCGGAGCUCUUGCUUGCGAGCUCUCCAUUUCACCUACCACACCAACCACCACCACACCAGGCCCAAUCUACCGACAUCAACUAUGUUGGUCGGGAUUGUUUUCUACGAGCGGGUCCUGCUGUUGGACAAACGGCAGCUGUCAACGACGAACCGUUUUUAGAUCCCAAUCUACUGUCACACAAUACGCUUUCCGAGGUGCCGCCCUGCAAUGUUCAAAUUAGCUCCGGUUCGCAAUUGAACGCUCAAGCGCCCGCCUUCCAUCCGCACCAACCUCUGAGAGAUUUCGAACACCCAGCAGCACAAGAUAUUACAUGGGACGCAUCGACGGGUAAUUUUUUGCAAGGCAAUGUAAAUGAACAGAACAUCCCACCUCACAUCCCUGCUAUCACCUUCUCCGGGCCAGAAAGCAACGAGUAUAGUGGCGGCGAGCCUCAACAGACCACUACACCCAACUGCUACAGCGCUCUAGCAUUCUCUCUGGGCCCUCUCACACAGCCCUCGACUUACACUGAGACAAUCGACACUGGGUCUCAUUUCUGGACAGAAUUUGGCAGCCCGGCAUCAGCUUCCGCAUAUUCUCCACUAUCUACAUCAAUUAGCUGGCCUGCCUCUCAGCACGAAUAUCCUAUAUCCAACCCAACGCCCUCAACCUUUAGCGGACCCUCUCGUAGAGGUGCCGUACCACUAUCUCGUUCAACGUCUGCCCGCACCAGCGCUAGUCACGAAACGAAUGAAUCAGGGCCACGGAGGGGCCGGCGCACAGGUCCAAUGGACCCUACAAGGAACAAGCAGGCUCAAAUUUCUAGAUCGCAAAAGCUCGUUUGUGCGAUUUGUAAAUUCCGAAAAGUUAAGUGUGACAGGAAAGAGGUUAGAGGUAUCUGUGGCGAAUGCAAGAAGAGUGGUAAGCCAUGUGUUAGCCACUUCUUCUUCCGUGACCUCAGUGAUCUACCCGAGUUUCAUUUUGGGCAAUUCUUGAUAAAUUCAGCCGUCAUUCCGGACGUGCUCAAGCCUCUCUUGACCCACACGGUAGACUUCACAGGAAUCCAAAACUGCUUAGACAUCUUCAGUCAAACCCAUAAUAUUCGUAUUAAAGGUGACGGCGGAGUGUGGUUUGACCUGGACUUAGCCGCAUGGCAACAGGGUUGGGCGGAAGAAAAAGUUGAAUACGACACCUGGGGCUGUCCUUGCACUGUAGAUGACUUCGUCACCAGCAAACAAAGAUGGCAAGACAUCAAGCGAUGGCGGGAUCUUCUGGUAGUAUCAAGCCCACACCAAGGGAACUGGGACGACCCAUUAGAGGCCCUCAACGUCCUCAACAAGAUGUCAGGUUGCAUGACAUUUUUUCUAAUUCCCAAAUCAGAAGUAGUUGGGCCUGCAAUUGGAUACGAAACCCUCGACCUUCAGAAUAACUCGCACGAGAUAUUGAUUUUCGUCGCGAUGCUCACUUUUGAACGAGUUCGGCAUCAAAUGCAGCUUCGCGCCUAUAGCGCCUUGGAACAGAGGCUGAGUUGGGGAUUCCCUCGCAAUAUCAGAGCGACCGAAAACGCCAAGACUGUGAGAAUCCUGGGUCACAUUUUACUCUCGCUGCGCCGUUGUAUUGCAACGUGCAAAGCGACUCGAAAUUGGAAAACCUUUCACCAUGGUCCGCUGGCCGAACACCUAGGUCAGUGGGGGCAGGCGAACUUUGAACCUCCUGCCGUAAGGCGUGUGGUAGUGUUUUGCUUCCAACUCUAUGUUCAUUUUUUCGAGCGUUAUAGUAAAAUGAGCCCGGAUGCGAAGCAGUGUUAUCGACAGGAUGGACCACAGUAUAUCAUACAUCCCUAUACGAGAAUUGUUACGAGAGAAUACCCCCCGACGGACACGGACGGAAGCAAAGACGCUUUCAACGAUUGGAUGAAAGAAGCCGACUGGCCGUUUCGAUUACUUGGAUGA